CCGGCCCUUCCUCCUCCCACCCCACCCCGCCUCCCCUCGCACCGCCCUCUCCAUGCUGGCCCUGUGCGCGGCUCGCAGGUCCAUUGGGCCACGGCUUGUUUUGAGAAUGACAUUAGGAGCAGAAAUUACUAGCCAGCUCAAGGCUUCUUCGUAUAUAGCAUCAGGGCGAAACCUUUUGAGAUGGGACCUGUCACCAGAGCAAAUUAGAACAAGAACAGAAGAACUAAUCAGGAAGACAAAGCACGUGUAUGACAGUGUCGGGAUGCUUGAUAUUGGAGAAGUAACACAUGAAAAUACUGUACGGGCCUUGGCAGAUAUAGAAGUGGAAUACGCAGUGGAAAGAAGCAUGUUGGAUUUUCCCCAGCAUGUCUCACCUGACAAAGAAGUACGCUUAGCAAGUACAGAAGCUGACAAAAAGCUUUCUAAUUUUGAUGUGGAGAUGAGCAUGAGAGAAGACGUGUUUCAGAAGAUUAUUUAUUUGCAGCAAACCUGCGAUCUUGAAAAUAUAAAGCCUGAAACAAAGCGGUAUCUGGAGAAAUCAGUUCAAGUGGGAAAAAGAAACGGACUCCAUCUUCCUAAAGAACUGCAGAAUGAAAUAAAGAUGAUGAAGAAAAAAUUGAGUGAGCUCUGUAUAGACUUCAACAAAAACCUGAAUGAGGAAAGCACAUUUCUUGUAUUUUCUAAGGAAGAACUUGAAGGCAUUCCUGAUGACUUUAUUAAGAGUUUAGAGAAGACCGUGGAAGACAAAUAUAAAAUUACUUUGAAAUAUCCCCACUAUUUUCCUGUCAUGAAGAAAUGCUGCAUUUCGGAAACCAGGAGAAAAAUGGAAUCUGCCUUUAACUCAAGAUGCAAAGAGGAGAACACAAAAAUUCUUCAGCAAUUGCUUCCACUAAGGGCAAAAGUAGCAGAGCUUCUUGGUUAUAAUACACAUGCCAACUUUGUCCUGGAAGUAAACACUGCGAAGAGCACAGAUAAUGUAACAGCCUUCUUAGAUGAUUUGAGUAAGAAGUUAAAGCCAUUGGUUGACGAAGAAAGAGAAUUCAUUCUAUAUUUGAAGAAAAUGGAGUGUAAAGAAAGAAACUUUGAUUAUGAUGGAAGAAUCAAUGCAUGGGAUCUUCAUUAUUAUAUGAACAAAACAGAAGAGCUGAAGUACUCCAUAGAUCAAGAAAAGCUCAAGGAAUACUUCCCAAUUGAGGCUGUUACAGAAGGCUUACUGAAUAUUUACCAGAAGCUGCUGGGACUUGUAUUUGAGCGAGUAGAAAGUGCUCAUGUUUGGCACGAUAGCGUUACUCUUUAUACAGUAAAGGAUAAUUCAACAGGAGAAAUGUUAGGGCAGUUCUAUUUGGACCUUUACCCCAGAGAGGGAAAGUAUGGGCAUGCAGCGUGCUUUGGUCUCCAGCCCGGCUGUCUUCUCUCUGAUGGCAGCAGAAUGAUGUCUGUAGCUGCUCUGGUAACCAACUUCACAGAACCAGCAUCAGAUUGCCCAUCAUUGCUGCGACAUGAUGAAGUAAAGACUUACUUCCAUGAAUUUGGUCAUGUAAUGCAUCAGAUAUGUGCACAGACUGAUUUUGCUAGGUUUAGUGGAACUAAUGUGGAAACAGACUUUGUAGAGGUACCUUCACAAAUGUUUGAGAACUGGGUGUGGGAAAAAGAACCACUACAGCAAAUGUCAAGACAUUAUAAAGAUGAGAGCCAUGUUGGAGACACUAUCCUUGAGAAACUUUCUGCCUCUAGACUGGCUAAUACAGGCCUUUUAACUCUCCGUCAGAUUGUUUUGAGCAAAGUUGACCAGGCACUGCAUACCAAGCCAUCUGUUGACCCAGCAGACGAAUAUGCUAAAUACUGUAUGGAGAUUCUAGGAAUUCCUGCCACCCCAGGAACAAACAUGCCAGCUACUUUUGGACAUCUGGCUGGUGGUUAUGAUGGUCAGUACUAUGGAUAUCUGUGGAGUGAAGUGUUUUCCAUGGACAUUUUUUAUAGCUGCUUUAAGCAAGAAGGAAUAAUGAAUCCAAAGGCUGGGAUGAAAUACAGAAACCUCAUUUUGAAACCUGGAGGAUCUUUGGAUGGCAUGGAUAUGCUACAAAAUUUCUUGGAGCGUAAACCAAGCCAGAGAGCUUUCCUACUGAGCAGAGGAUUAUGUGUUCAGUAAAAUUAUGGUUGCUUUGUAAUGGCACAUAAGUAUGAAAUGAGCUGGAAAUGUCAGUAUAUUUCACAUCUUAACUAUGUAUCACUCUAGGGAAAUUGGGUCACUUUUUGAUUUUUUUUUUUAAUAGUAUAAAUAAAAAUGUGAUUUUUUUACAAAAUUGCAUAGGACUACAAAAUUCAACACAUCAGAGGAAAAAAAUAUGAGAUGUGCAGAAGCUGAGGAAUUUGGAUAGUAACUUUUUUAAAUUGUUAUGAAAGAAUACUAAUAAGUAUGGAGAGUUGAUGCCAUGUUUCCCUUGUAAUAGAUGCACUUAAACUAUGUCUUGUGAACGAAUUUUAUAACUGGAGGGGAAAAAAAGGAUACUACUAGCAA